AUGCACUUCGUCGCUCCUUUGAUCCUCCUUCUCCUCACCGCCGCAUCCGCGCAGGCAAGUCUCUCGCACUUCCACGUCGCCCAGCGGCAGGGACAGCACGCGCGUCUCGCUCGUCGUGCUCGCUCCGUGAACGGACGAUGCGGUGCACAGCCCAAGCUGCAGGCUAGUAACGGAGACGCGACCCAAAACAGCCACAACACCACCGCAUCAGUCGCCCUGCCAGUCGCCAUCACCGACUACCAGUCGGCCUCCAACAGCCCCGGCGUGAUCAACGUGCAGUCAUCCUGCGGUCCUACCGGUGCGACGCCGUAUGUCACGCCCACCAGUGGGCCCAAUGGCGACAUCGACUGGCUGAAUUGCGGCAUCAACGACGGCGGCUGGCGGCCGCCGGAUGUCAAGAUAUCAGAUAUCAUCACGAAGGCCCUCACCAUUACGAACACGGAUUCUGAUAACGCGUUUCAGCCGUGCGCGCCGUACGUGGAGCUGUUUGAGCAACAUGCCAAUGAGACGGGAAUCCCGUCUAUCCUGCUUGCGGCGAUUGCAAUGCAGGAAAGCGAGUGUAAUGCUGAUACGGAGGGCGGCGCUGGCGAACAGGGCCUAAUGCAAUUGACCCAAGAUAAGUGCGGCGACGCGCCGAAUGGAAACUGCAAGGAUCCCCGCAUCUCACGCUAUGCGAAGGCAUACAAUAUUCGAACGGGCGCGCACUACUUCAGCUCGACGCUGCAAAAUAAUGGCGGAAACUUGUUGCUCACUCUCGGAAACUAUAACGGUUGGCCAGCCGGCAUGACCUAUGGACAGGCCACCGCCGCUGCGAACACGGACUGCUGUCGCUGCCAGAACAAUCUGGAUUACCUGCAACAAAUGCUCAAUGGCUGGUUACAAAACAAGAAUCCGUACUCAAGCAAUCCACGCAUUGGAAAGUACUUCAACCUCGACAAGUGUUGGUCAUGA